UGGGUGUGUGUGUGUGUGUUUAUGUGCAUGUGUGAAAUCAGAUGGAGACAAGUGCAAGACAGUGAGCCGGGGGAGAGAGAUGCUCAAAGACGAUGAGGAGUAGCAGGGCGAGGCAGCAGCGUGAGGCACUGAGUGUGUGUGGUUGAGGAAGAGUGUGUGAACAGAGGGAUGCAGUCAUGUCUCUGUGAGAGGGAGCAGCACAGCAACGGUAACCAUGCUGAGCCCCAAGAUAAAACAGGCACGCCGGGCACGGUCCAAGAGCAUGGUGCUUGGAGAGCUGCCUCGUGUGUCCAGGCCCUGCUCGCCUCUGGAUCAGGAGAAAGCCAUGAAGGCAGGCUGGCUGAAGAGGCAGCGGAGUAUCAUGAAAAACUGGCAGCUGCGUUGGUUUGUCCUGAGGACGGAAGCUCUGUAUUUCUACAAGGACCAAGAAGAGACCAAGGCUCAGGGUUGUAUUCCCCUUCAGGGCAGUCAGGUCAAUGAGCUGCCUGCCAAUCAGGACGAGCCUGGUCGCCACCUUUUUGAAAUUGUUCCAGGGGGGGCUGGAGAAAAGGAUCGAACAGGUGUAGGCCAUGAAUCAUUCCUCCUGAUGGCCAACUCUCAGAGUGACAUGGAGGAAUGGGUCAGAGCCAUACGCAGAGUCAUAUGGGCUCCACUGGGAGGAGGUGUGUUUGGGCAGCACCUAGAGGAGACAAUGUUGUACGAGGCCCAGUUCGGCCCCCAGGGGCUGGUCCCCGUGCUGGUCGAACAGUGUGUGUGCUUCAUACGUGAACAUGGGCUCAAGGAGGAAGGCCUUUUCAGGGCCCCCGGACAGACCAAUCAUGUUCGACAGCUGCAGGACGCGUUCGACCGUGGCGAGAAGCCCGUGUUUGACAAUACCACAGAUGUCCACACGGUGGCAUCACUGCUAAAACUAUACAUACGGGAGCUGCCAGAGCCUAUAAUCCCAUUCUCCAAAUACACACAGUUUCUCUCUUGUGCUCAGCUACUUACCAAGGAUAAAGUAAUGGGCAUCACAGAGCUGGGCAAACAGGUGAAAUCCCUUCCUCAGGUCAACUAUAACCUCCUUAAAUACACCUGCAGGUUUCUGGAUGAGGUUCAGUCUCACUCCAAUGAGAAUAAGAUGAGUGUUCAGAAUCUGGCCACUGUGUUUGGACCCAAUAUCCUUCGGCCUAGACUGGAGGAUCCAGUUACCAUGAUGGAGGGAAGUUCACAGGUGCAGCACCUGAUGACUGUGCUGAUCAGUGAACACUCCCGACUUUACCAACGUGAGGAGCCAGAAAAAGAGACCAAGAUCCCCCCACAGCAACAGCAGAGUCCUGUCCAACGGUGCCAAGUGGAAUGGUUCUCACAAGAAGACACUGACCCCCCACCCUCUUCAGGCAAUUGCUCCAAGACCCCUAAAGAGAAAUCCCAAUCUUCCACCCCUUCUCUAGAGAGUAAGCCGACUGCACCAAGCCCCAUUACAACAUUGGAGAAGGGUGAGGAUGGUAAGAGUGAAGGGAAGGGCAAAAGUAAGACAGAGGAAAAAGUGGACGUAAAAUCAGAUAGCAAAACUGAAGGGAAAAGUGGGAGUGAAGUAGCUCUUAGCCCCAGUAAACAGUCUAAAGCUCUGCCCUCUUGGAGGUGCUCCCUCAAGGGCAGUGCAGCAUCUGGGGGGCCAAGGGGGAAAAUAGGGGGAUCAGCGGGGGAUGUGUCAGCAGCUGGCGGGAGCAACUGGCUAAUGAAUGGCCUGUCAUCCCUACGAGCUCACAGGCGCACAACCUCUUCUGUUGAAAGAUUGAAAGACUCUACUCUGUCUCUGAAGGAUUCAACCCUCUCCCUUAAAGAGACCACUCUUUCACUUAAGGACUCACAGAGAGACGCCGAUGAAGACUCCUCUCGAACAUCCCUGUCUCACAGAGCCCUCCACCAGUCCCACAGACUGUCUGCCUAUGACAAUGUUGCCCCCUCCAGUCUAAGUCUGCCUGCUGACACGUCCUCAAUCUGGACGUCCUUUGAAAUCUCAUUGGCCGAGCCAGAGGGAAGUGAUAAGGCAGUAAAAGAAGGGCAGGGUCAAGAGGGACCCAAAGAAGAGAGGGACAGUACAAACAUUCUGGAUCACAGUGCAAGUGGUACUGAGGAUGAUCUUACAGGAACAAAUGAAGGUUUCACCAACAUGCUAACCCAGCUCAGUCAGGAGCUGAAGAAACAGAGGACGAGCUAUGAAACCUGCAUUAGCAAGUUGGAGGAGUCCUGCUCUAAGUACCAGUCCCAGGUAAACCGCCUUGAGGAGGAGCUGGACCAGGAGAAGAAGAAGUUUCACAUGCUAGAGAUCAGACUCAGGAACUCGGAGCGGGCACAUCAAGACGCAGAAAACCGAAAUAUUCUCCUCCAGCAAGAAAUGGAGGAGUUCUUCAAAACCCUUGGAGAUCUGACCACAGGAGCAACACGGACCAACUAGACCAGACCAACCUGCCUUCAUCUGGUCCAUCAGAGGAGGAGGAGGAGCUUGAUUACUGGGAAGACCAGCCAGCCCCAAAGCUUUGAAGACCAAAUACCUCUAGUGCAGUACUACUUGCCAUUGUAUCCUCUUUAGUAUGGCCGUGUUGUGCCUACACUGACCAGUGCCGGUGCCAAAUGAGGACUCCUCUGGACCAAGACCCUCUCAUUUUACCAUUCCACACACUUCCUUACUAUUAUACACUAUAGGUAAUGUAGCUGAUUAUUUAUUAACUAAAUUUCUCUGUAAGAGACCAGAAAAAGCCUUAUUUAUGAAAUGAGGUACAGUCUUCCUAUAAACACUUCCCUUAGAAUUUGUAGCCUUGACAGAAAUCUUAUUUUGACAAAGAAAGAACAACAUUAGACAUUAAAAUUCAACU